GAAGAGGAAGUGGACAGUAGAGUGUACUGCAUCUGCCAAACACUUUACGACGAUGAAAAGAUCAUGGUUGCGUGCGACAAGUGCGACGAAUGGUAUCACACCGAAUGCGUGCAGUUGAGUGAGCAAGUUGUGGAGCUAGUGGAUAAAUUCUAUUGUCCCAAGUGC